UUGGGGGCGGGAGGGGGGGAGUGGGAGGCGGAGCAGGUCUCGCGAGGCCGCGCCCCGGCUCACGCGGGCGUCGAGCGCGGGGUGCUAGCUGCCUGCCGGCGGGAGAAGUCGCGCUCGCGCCAAGGGACGUGCGGCUGCGCUCGCGUGGUCAUGGAGGCGCCGCCGCCGCUGCCCGCCGCGUUUAUUCCGGCCCCUGGCUCGAGUCGAAGGCUGCUGCUGCUGCCGCUCCUGCUGCUCCUGCUGCCGGCCGGGCCUCUGCGGGGCUGGGAGGCAGAGGAGAGGCCCCGAACCCGCGAAGAGGAGUGCCACUUCUACGCGGGUGGACAAGUAUACCCAGGGGAGGCGUCCCGGGUUUCGGUCGCUGACCACUCCUUGCACCUCAGCAAAGCCAAGAUUUCCAAGCCAGCACCUUAUUGGGAAGGAACAGCUGUGAUAAAUGGAGAAUUUAAGGAGCUCAAGUUAACUGAUUAUCGUGGGAAAUACCUGGUUUUUUUCUUCUACCCACUUGAUUUCACUUUUGUGUGUCCAACUGAAAUUAUCGCCUUUGGUGAUAGAAUUGAAGAAUUCAGAUCUAUAAAUACUGAAGUGGUAGCAUGCUCUGUUGAUUCACAGUUUACCCAUUUGGCCUGGAUUAAUACCCCUCGAAGACAGGGAGGACUUGGGCCAAUAAGGAUUCCACUUCUUUCAGAUUUGACCCAUCAGAUCUCAAAGGACUAUGGCGUAUAUCUGGAAGACUCAGGCCACACUCUUAGAGGUCUCUUCAUUAUUGAUGACAAAGGAAUCCUAAGACAGAUUACUCUGAAUGACCUUCCUGUGGGGAGAUCGGUAGAUGAGACACUACGUUUGGUUCAAGCAUUCCAGUACACCGACAAACAUGGAGAAGUCUGCCCUGCUGGCUGGAAACCUGGUAGUGAAACAUUACUGAUUGUGAGGCUUACAGAUAGAAAUAUGAAUCAGAAGCUGCAGGCAUCACCUGAGAGAAGCCUUAGAAAGCAUUUCUGGAGAGGUCUUCAAGAUCAAACCUGAAGAUGCCAUGAAAGCCUGGUGGCCAAGAGAAGAGCUAUAAUCCCAGAUCCAGCUGGAAAACUGAAGUAUUUCGAUAAACUGAACUGAGAAAUACUUCCUCAAGUUAUGAUGCUUGAAAGUUCUCAAUAAAGUUCACCGUUUUAUUACCA